UUUUCUUUUCUUUCUUUCUUUUUUUUUUCUCGUUCCUCUUAUCGGAGGAACAUCUGCUGCGAUUUCAUCUUGUCGCUUUCAGCCUCCGCUGGUUCCGACCCAUAUUGGUUCAUUUAGCGAUUGUCAGGCUCAGACUGGUCCCCACCAAAACAUGGAGAUGGAAGAAGGCAGCGUCAAGAAGCAACCGGAACUUCAACCAGGAUAUUGUGGUGAUAGCUUCCUUCAACGGCGCCUGUCCUUUUCUUCUGGCAAUAUCCCCCUCAAGAAAGCGGAGGAAGAGGUGUGUGAUGGGAGCGAUCCAGUGGAUCCCACCAGCCAGUGGAGCGACAUGAGCCAGUUCUACGGCAGCUCUGAUAGCUUUCGCCGCUUUGGCUUGAAGUUGGUGGAGCAGUACCUGCGGGAAGAGGAGCUGAGAGGCCGGCACCAGAGCGCGCUCUUCAGGCUGAGAGAAAAGGCCCUCCAGGAGAAAGCCAGGGCUGAACUGGCCUGGCUGGAACACGAGGAGAGGCGAGGAACAGUCCGGAUACAGGCAGACUCCAAGUUAUGA